AGAAUCGAGAAGGCGAAGUGCAAGAGAAAGUUGAUUGGUUCAUUUAAAAAUAACAUAAGCGCAACCACGCCAUUUAAAUGUUUUAAAAGUCGUGUGUUCCUCCUGUUGAUCUGAAGUGUGGAAUAGGAGAAAGGCGGAUAAACUAUACGCUUGGUCCACUGUAUUUGUCGUUUUUUCAGGUAACAUUUAAAAAAGGAUCAUGGGAUCAAGUGAGAGUAAGAUGACUGCAUCUGCAGCCAUAAAACCAGAGCCAGCCUUCAAAAAGACUCACAUCAGUCACCUCAUCGAUCCUCGCUCCCCCUCAGCUGGCAUAGAACGAACACCUAUUCAGGUUGGGCAGCUUGUGUCCAAAACGUCCGCUGAGAUGAAAAGCGAGUGCCCUGUGGUGUUCGGUGAUCCACGUUCACCUACCAUUGGCAUUACCCGCACCCCUGUGAGAGAAGUUAUGAGAGCAACAGUCGGGUCCUUUGCUCGUCGCCUGGGUAUGAUUUUCCACAGUGAGGUUGAAGGGAAACUCCCCGAAGGCCGUCAGAAAGGCUUCAGUGGCGCAUCAAAGAAAGAGGAGGACUUUAUAAGUGAAGAGCUGGCAUCGACUGAGCCCCUCCUGAGCCCACAGCCGUCCAGCAACCUUAAUGAGCAUGCUAACUUACUGGUGCCACCUGUCCAGCCCCCUCUCCAGAGCGUAGAGAAAUUGAGUCCUUUUGUGCUUCCUGAAGAGCCUCAGGUGGAGGUGGAGAUAGAAACUGAAGCAGAUAUUAGCCUGGAGGAGGCUGAGGAAGCAAGAGAGUCUCCUCUUCACAAGAGACUGAGCAUGAGCCUGAUAACCUGCCAUGAGGGCGCUCCCUCCCCCCGAGCCUUUGCAGAGGUCCAUCAUGAAAAUAUUUCAUCCCCAGAACCUGGCACAGAGGUGGAGCCACUUGGGGAUGGUGUGGAUCACGCUUACGCCCUUCCUUCUGCUACCAUUGAAGCAGACUCUCCUGUUGAACCUGCCCCCUCCAACACUGAUGCUGAUGAUUCCCUUGCACAGCCAGAGAAGGAAGAAACUAAAGAGCUCGCUAAAGAAGCUAAUUUGCUUCCAUCCGGUCCACCAUGUGUUCGUGGUCCUGAGCAGCCACAGGCUUGCACCGGCAUCCGCUGCCCCACCUUUGACUCAAAGAGCCCCAGCCAGACUGUUUUCAAACCGCAGUGGCUGGGAAAUGGCUUUCGUCCGUCUGGGCUCAGAGCAAGAGGAGUGCAGGGGCUCGGUGGAAAAGGAGGCUCGUCUCCUCUCGCCGUCCGUGUGGCCGUUAAGAACGUAGCCAACGAAAACAAAGGACAGUCUGGAAAACUGAAGCAGAAAGGUACUGAAGGCCGCUCUCCGCUGCAGAUCCUCAAGAAGACCAACUCGCCCAGAGACCAGCGCGCUCAGAUGAAGCUGAAGACGUCCACUCCCGACAAGCAGAGGGCUGGACAGAUGGAUCGCCGAGUGCUGGCUGUGUGUCUGGAUAAGGAGAACCGAUGAGGCACUGCACACACUGUUUUUAAAAUGUGCUUUUAUGUGUAUAGCUUCCACAAACUAUUUGUUGUCCUGUAUAUAUUUAACUGCUUGUUGUUGUGUAAAUAAAAUUUGCAAACCUA